AUGUCAGACCAAGAGAGCAGAGAAAGUUAUGGGAGUGAUGAUAAAACAUUUGAAGAAAACAACGAAGAAAUUCUACUAGAAACCGCAGAGAAUGACAUGGGAAAUAAAGAGCCAGAGAUAGAAGCAGAAAAAAGAUUUACUUCGCCAAUUAUGACAAAAUUUGAGCGGGCAAAGAUUCUAGGAAUACGUGCGCAGCAGAUAAGUAUGUCAGCACCAAUUAUGGUAGAGUAUGGGGAUGAGACAGAUCCUGUGGAAAUAGCAAAGAAAGAAUUAAAAGAGAAAAAAACACCUUUAAUUGUAUUAAGGCGGCUUCCAGAUAAUACAUAUGAGAAAUGGGCAGUAAAAGAUCUUAUAAACUUUUAUGACUAGAGUCUGGGUAUACUAAGAAUUAAAGAAUAUUUAC